AUGGCAGCGGCAAAUAAAGGACUGAUUUAUCGAAGCGCUCCAGAAGAGUUUCCCGUUCCCGGAACCGAUUUGGUCAUCGAAGACGUUCCAUUCGACACCGAGGCACCAGCUCCCGAUGGGGGACUCAUCGCCCAGUCGCUCUAUACGAGCUUCGAUCCAUACAUGCGAGGGGCCAUGCGGCCUCCCCAUAUCAAGUCCUACCGCCCACCGUACGACAUAGGACAGCCAAUCCCCAGCCUUUCAAUCCUCAAGGUUCUCAAAUCUAAAAACGACAAUUUCAAAGUCGGAGACAUUGUUACGGGGUUUACCCCAAUUCAGCAGUACAUAACUAUAUCCGCCCAGGCAGCAAAGGGCCUCACAUUGCUAGAGAAUCCAUUGGGAAUAAGCGACUUGCGCCUUUUCCUGGGUGCAUUGGGAAUGCCAGGGCUUACGGCAUAUUCGUCGUUGCUGGAGAUUGGAAAACCAAAAAAGGGGGAAACGAUCUUCAUUUCCUCCGCUGCCGGGGCCGUCGGUCAAGUCGUUGGCCAAAUUGCGAAGCACGAAGGCCUCCGCGUAAUCGGCAGUGUUGGUUCUGACGAGAAGUUGGACUAUAUUAUCAAGGAUCUAGGGUUCGAUGGCGGCUUCAACUAUAAGAAGGAAAAAGCGAGCGAUGCUUUGAAGAGGCUCGCACCAAAUGGAAUUGACAUUUACUAUGAAAACGUGGGAGGCGAACAGCUUCAGGCGGCGAUCGAGGCGAUGAACGACUUUGGCCGCAUCGUCGCCUGUGGCAUGAUCUCACAGUACAAUGUCAAGCCAGAGAACCGAUAUCCAAUCACGAAUCUAUUCAUGACGGUUAGCAAGAGGCUCACGAUCCGUGGCUUUAUUGUCUCUGAUCCAGGUAUGGGGGAUAAGUGGGCGAAGGAACACAGGGAACGUGUUUCUCAAUGGAUUAAAGAUGGAACCUUUAAGCCUAUGAUCCAUGAGACCGUGGGCAUUGAUAACGCAGCCAAGGGUUUGGUCGGUCUGUUCAAGGGAGAGAACUUUGGUAAAGCCGUGCUGAAACUUUCCGAGGAAGCUGUUCCGAUUUCGUCCUGGCGGACAAACCAGCCAAAACGCUCCAAUCCAUCAUUGAAGGCAACGCCAACUAUUCUAUCGACAACAGUCUCUACUCGGUCAACGCAGCGGCGCCCUCAAGAUGGCCUCCUUCCUUCGUCCUUCGGCGCCAGCGCUGAGACAGUCAUGCUCUACGCUUUCGAGUUCGGCACGACGGACGGCAUUUUACUCCACGAAGUCGCCGCUCGCCGCCCUUACGAUAGUGAAGCCGAUGCAGUUACAGAAGAAAUACGGCUCGAUGAAGGUUGCUCAUUUCCAUGCGACAAGCAGACGGGAGAUUCUACCUCCGGAACCACAUUGAAUGAGACUUUGAAGGAAAUAGUUGGAUCCGGUGGUCAAUCGUUGACGCAAUGUCUAGUAAACGAUGCUGUUGAAGUUCCCCAUACCUCCCCAACUCACGGCAGCUAUCACUGGGAUUUCGAACGGUAUCUAGAGCGCGACAAAACCCCUCUUUUUCAGCACAGAACUAACUCGACAUAUGAUAGAAUUGUUGCAGCUUCUCUUGUCCCAUUGACUCUAGCUCCCUUUGCCGCUGGAUCCCUAAACCCGGUCACUGAUGCUAUUCUCUGUGGUGCCCUAGUCCUUCAUUCCCACAUUGGUUUUCAGGCUCUCAUUGUCGAUUACCUUCCCCAACGCCGCGUACCUAAGACAAGAGCAUUUUGCAUUUGGACUCUUCGCCUCGCCACGUUGACCGUGGCCGUCGGCUUGUAUGAAUUUGAAACAAAUGAUGUUGGUGUGACUGAAGCCAUCAAGAGAAUCUGGAAGGCAUGA